GUUUUGGUCUGGUAACAACGGGACGUUGUGUAGGACGGGUUAUUAGGUGCUGAGUUGAGUGGCUUUCUAAGAAAAAAAAUUGUGGAAAACUAGUGGUAAAAUGGCGACGAGAAGGUCUACCUCCUCGAUAAAUACCGCCAUAGAUCUACUUGCGACCAGUCCGUGUGAUCCUCUUCGUGAAUUGUUCGAAGCUUGUCGGAACGGAGAGGUUUCUAAAGUCAAAAAGUUGGUAACUACACAAAAUGUUAACGCCCGUGAUACAGCUGGAAGAAAGUCGUCUCCACUCCACUUCGCCGCAGGUUUUGGUAGAAGAGAUGUGGUGGAGCAUUUGAUUGCCACUGGAGCCAAUGUUCAUGCCAGAGAUGAUGGUGGUUUGAUUCCUCUUCACAAUGCCUGUUCUUUCGGUCAUGCCGAAGUUGUUCAACUUCUGCUAAGUGCUGGUGCAGACCCAAAUGCAAGGGACAAUUGGAGUUACACACCCCUGCACGAGGCUGCAAUCAAGGGUAAAAUUGAUGUGUGUAUAGUUCUUCUACAGCAUGGAGCUGAUCAUAAUGUUCGCAAUGCUGAAGGAAAAAUUCCUCUCGAUGUAGCUGACGCCACAACACGACCCGUGUUAACUGGUGAUUAUCGUAAAGAGGAACUUUUAGAGGCAGCUCGGAGUGGAAACGAAGACAAAAUUCUUUCCCUCUUGACGCCGUUGAAUGUAAACUGCCAUGCCAGUGACGGCCGCAAGUCCACUCCAUUGCAUUUGGCUGCUGGUUAUAACCGAACACAGAUCGUCCAGAGAUUGCUGCAACACGGUGCCGACGUCCAGGCCAAAGACAAGGGUGGUUUAGUUCCAUUGCAUAACGCCUGUUCCUACGGGCAUCACGAAGUGACGGAGCUGCUCGUUCGCGCCGGUGCCAACGUGAACGCCACGGAUUUGUGGCAGUUCACACCGCUGCACGAAGCGGCUUCCAAAGGCCGCCGUGAAGUUUGUUCCCUUUUAUUAGCCCACGGGGCCGAUCCGACAUUGUUGAACUGCCACGCCAAAUCCGCCCUGGAUGUUGCCCCUUCGCGGGAACUCCAGGACCUUCUAUCGUAUGAAUUCAAAGGACAUAGUUUACUGGAAGCGGCUCGGCAAGCGGAUCCAACUCGUCUCAAGAAAUUCCUCUCUGUGGACGUCAUUGGAUUCAAGCACCCGUACACGGGAGACACUGCCCUUCAUUGUGCCGUCGCCUCCACCGGAGUCAAACGGAAGCACGUCGUCGAAAUCCUUUUGAAGAAAGGGGCCGCGCCUAACGAGAAGAACAAAGAGCUUCACGCGCCGCUACACAUUGCCGCCGACAAGGAGCACCUGGACGUUUUGGAGGCUCUCCUGCGUCACGGUGCCAAAGUCAAUGUGUUGGACGGCCUUGGUCAAACGGCCCUGCACCGAAGCAGUCAAAAAGGACAAGUGCCAGUGUGUCGACUGCUUCUUCCAUACGGCGCCGAUCCGACGGUCGUCUCUCUUCAGGGUUACACGGCCGCCCAAGUGGCUACCGAAUCUGUGCAGAAGCUUUUCGCCGAGCAGCCGGCCUUCAAUGCCACCCCUCCGCCAGUCGAUCUCGAAUACCAGUUGCUAGAAGCGGCCAAAGCCGGGGAUUUGGAUAAUGUCCGUCGUAUUUUGGGCGUCAAUCCCUCGCCGCAGCUAGUCAACUGCCGCGACCUAGAUGGGCGACAUUCCACACCGCUUCACUUUGCGGCCGGUUAUAACCGCCUUGCGGUCGUCGAGUUUCUCCUCCAACACGGAGGCGAUGUCCAGGCCAAGGAUAAAGGCGGUCUAGUUCCGCUUCACAAUGCUUGCUCCUACGGACACUACGAAGUGACAGAGUUGUUGGUACGUGCCGGAGCCAGCGUCAACGUUUCUGACUUGUGGAAAUUCACUCCGCUGCACGAAGCGGCCGCCAAGGGAAAGUACGACAUCGUCAAGUUGUUGUUGAAGCACGGCGCCGAUCCCAGUAAGAAGAAUCGAGACGGUCACACGCCUUUGGACCUUGUACGUGACGGCGAUCAAGACAUUGCCGACCUUCUGCGCGGCGACGCCGCACUGCUGGACGCCGCCAAGAAAGGUCAUCUAGCUCGUGUCCACAAGCUCGUGACGAGUCAGAACAUCAACUGUCGUGACUCGCUGGGCCGUAACUCUACGCCUCUCCAUCUGGCGUCCGGCUACAACAAUUUGGACGUGGCCGAGUACUUGCUCGAGCAUGGAGCCGACGUCAACGCCCAAGAUAAAGGCGGACUCAUCCCUUUGCAUAAUGCUUCGUCGUACGGACACCUGGACGUUGCCGCCCUGCUAAUUCGUUUCAACACGGAAGUGAACGCGACGGAUCGCUGGGGCUUCACGCCACUUCACGAAGCGGCCCAGAAAGGUCGCACUCAGCUUUGUGCCUUGCUCUUGGCCCACGGGGCCGAUCCCCACAUGAAGAACCAGGAAGGACAAACUCCGUUGGAUUUGUCGACCGCUGAGGAUGUCAAAUGUUUACUGCAGGACGCCAUGACCCAACACCUUCCUCCGACAGCCAGUUCGUCACCCGUCUCGCCCGUCUUUAAUCCUUCACCACGAGGAUCGUCUAUUGUCAUUGGCUGCUCGUCUGGAAGCAGCGGCAACACUGCCGGCGCCUCUGCCAACCCAUCGACCAGUUCAGAUACCUUAGUCCUGCCUUCCGGAAAUGCGGUCGUCAUAGCGCCUCCCUGUCCGUCGCCCGGCUUAGCUCCUUUACCUCUCCUGAUGCUCGGCCCGGAUUCCCCCGGCUUGGCUGCUGCUUCCAAUACCUCGGUGCCUGUAUCUUCUAGUGGAGCUCAGAUUGGCGACGGCUGCUCGGACAAUGACGUUCCGGAGCAGAUCCAAACCACUGCGACUACAACGACCGCCUCUACGAUUGUCUCGUUCCUUUCCAGCCUGGGACUGGAACACUUGCGCGAGAUUUUCGAUCGUGAGCAAGUGACUAUCGACAUCUUAUUGGAGAUGGGCCACGAAGAGUUGAAACAAAUUGGAGUUCACGCUUACGGUCACCGGCAUCGACUCCUCAAAGGUGUAGAAAAAUUCUACAGCCAAUUGGCCGUUUCAGCCUCGAAUCCCGGAAGCGGUUGGAAUUCGGCUGGCUUGGGACCAUCUGGUAGCUCGUCUUCGUCGUCGAACCAGACGACGGGCACGAUGCUGAUUGAUUUGAGCACCGAAGAUCAGGAAUAUCUCACGGUGGAGGAGGAGCUUCAGAGUACGAUCCGCGAACACAAGGACAACGGUCACGCUGGCGGCAUUUUCUCUCGCUACAACGUUCUUAAGAUCCAAAAAGUACGCAAUCGACGAUUGUGGGAACGAUAUUGUCACCGACGUCGGGAAGUAGCCGAUGAGAACGGCGGACAGAGCAAUGAACGACUCCUCUUCCACGGUUCCCCAUUCGUUCAUGCUAUCGUUCAAAAAGGAUUUGACGAGCGACAUGCCUAUAUUGGAGGAAUGUUCGGAGCUGGGAUCUAUUUUGCGGAGAAUUCCUCGAAAAGCAAUCAGUACGUCUACGGCAUCGGCGGCGGAACUGGUUGCCCCUCACACAAAGAUCGAUCCUGCUAUUCUUGUCAUCGCCAGCUGCUUCUCUGUCGUGUAACGAUUGGCAAAUCUUUCCUGCAGUUUAGUGCCAUGCGUAUGGCCCACGCUCCUCCAGGUCAUCACUCGAUUGUCGGCCGACCCAGCACCGGAGGUCUAACCUACCCGGAAUAUGUCGUUUAUCGAGGCGAACAGGCCUAUCCGGAAUACUUGAUAUCAUACCAGAUUGUCCGUCCUCCGGAAGAGCUCACUGACAAGAACUAACAAAUCGAAAUAGCUUUUUUGCUGAUGAAUUGACAUUUUUUUGAUUAUCAUUAUUAAUUUUUUUUUUUUUUGUAAUUUCCCCUCACCCUUAAUUCUUCCUGCAUUUUUUUCCUGAAAAAAAGUUUCUAUAUCGACCAAUAUUCUUCAAUGUAUAUUUAUCCUUUUAUUAAAAAUGGGUUGAAAGAAAAAAAAAGAAAAACAACUUUUGCUGUGAUAUUGUGUAACAAUGGCGUCUCCAAUCUCUCUUUUUCUGCCGUUUUGCUUGUUUGUUUAAAAAGUGGGAGGGUUCUCUCUUAAAAUACCUCCUUUUGUCUCGUUACACCCAAUCUGUUAAUUCACUCCACAUUGUGAACAGCAACCACACAAACAACAGAAUUGAAAAAAAAAAUAAUAAUCUUAACGUUUAACCAAACAAAAAAAAGAUGUGUUGAAUGAUGCGUGGAGUUGAGCAGCAAAGAAAAACUGAGUUAAAAUAACCGAAUUUCAAAAGGAAAAAAUUUUUUCUGCUGCUGUUGUAUUUGUGACUGUGUGUGUUUUCGAUUGGAUUUUUCGGGCGUGGUGUCGGGUGAUUAUAUGUCGAACUUUAUUUUAUCGCGUCUUUUUUUUUCAAUUUUUUCCGCAUUUGAUUUCGUGGCCUUUUUGCCUCUUUUUCUCUUAUUUUUCUCCCUCCGCUCGAUUCUUAAUAUUUUUCUCGAUUUUUCUUCAUUUUGCCGCUUGUUCGUGUGCAUGAAAGAGGUUCAUCUUGAUUCAUAUUAUUCGGUUGUGUCUCUGGUACGGAUCGAUCAAUAAACCCAUGUGGAUUCCUCUA